AUGUCCAGCAAGAUCACGAAUGUCGCAAUUGCAGGCGCGACCGGCAGUCUUGGUUCUGAAGUAUUGAAGGGUCUUCUUGAAGCCAAAUUCACUGUUACCGUUAUUUCUCGGAAGGAGGGGCAGAAGUUUCCUGCUGGCGUGUCAGUCAAGGUCGUUGACACUGACUCAGCCGCGGCAAUUGCCGAAGCUCUUCGCGGUCACGAUGCUAUCGUGGAUACGACAUCUGGUCCCGAUCCGACCCUCCAGGGACGAAUCAUCGAAGCUGCUGUCUCCGCGGGAGUCUAUCGUAUAGUAAUGGGCGAGUUCAGCGUUGACCCUGAGGACCCCGUAGCGAGAUCGCCGCUCUUUCACCACGGGAAAAACCAGGCUUACCAGCACAUCAAGGACCUGGCCGCGAAAGGCAAGAUCACAUACACUACCAUAUCCAAUGGAGCUUUCCUUGAUUGGAACCUGCGGACUGGGUUCAUCAACAUCGACAUUCGCAGCAAGAAGGUUCAUUACAUGAACGAUGGAAUGAUUCCGAUGGCUUGGACGAUGCUUUCUUCAAUCAGUACUGCCGUCGCCAACGUACUAAAGAAGGCUGAGGAGACCGAGAACCGCUCCUUCUACAUCUCGAGCGUGAUCAAGAGUCAAAAGCAGAUGGUAGCACUAGCGAAGGAGACCCUGGGCAGCGAUGGCUGGGAGGAGUCGAGCCAAGACAUGGACCAAAGACUCAAGGCCGCGACUGAGGCUAUGAUGGCGGGAAAGAUCGACAUGGAGGUCAUCGGUGAUAUGAUUCGAUGGUCUGCUGGCACAGUCCCUGCGCUACGCUGGGAGCAGUUGGAUGACAACAAGCUGUUGGGAGUGGAACGAAUGAACGACGAUCAAGUACGCAGGCUCAUUCGAGACAUCGCCUCGGAAAGUAAGUAG